UGUUUUUCUGGAGAGUUGAGAGCUGAGUGAGACAAAGCACUGCGUUGGGCUGGGCAGGCGCCAUGGAACUGCUGUCCCGCUUCUUGCUGUGGAAACUGGUGCUUCUGCAAAGCUCUGCUGUCCUCACAUCCUCAGCCCCACUCAUACGAGCCCCUUUGGGUUCCCUCCACCACUACUGACUCCCUCUUCCCCCACCAGGGCCCUCGGGGCCCGGGACAGCCAGCAGCUCGGUAGUGACUGAGUCCGCAGUGAGCUGGGCAGUGGGCGCCCAGGCGGUGCUACGCUGCCAGAGCCCACGCAUGGUGUGGAUCCAAGACCGGCUGCACGACCGCCAGCGUGUGGUCCACUGGGACCUCAGCAGUGGCCCGGAGAGCCAAGGGCGCCGACUCGUGGACAUGUACUCGGCGGGCGAGCAGCGCGUGUACGAGCCCCGCGACGACGGCCGCCUCCUGCUGUCGCCUUCCGCCUUCCACGACGGCAACUUCUCGCUGUUCAUCCGCGCUGCCGAGGAGAGCGACGAAGGGGUGUACACCUGCAACCUGCACCAUCACUAUUGCCACCUCUACGAGAGCCUGGCCGUGCGCCUCCAGGUCACCGACGACCCUGCGGCAGCGCGCGCGUACUGGGACGGCGAGAAGGAAGUGCUGGUGGUGGCGCGAGGCGCGCCCGCCCUGCUGACGUGCGUGAAUCGCGCACACGUGUGGACCGACCGGUAUCUGGAGGAGGCGCAGCAGGUGGUCCACUGGGACCGGCAGCCACCCGGGGUGCCUCAUGACCGCGCCGACCGCCUGCUAGAUCUGUACGCUUCGGGGGAACGCCGCGCCUACGGGCCGCCCUUCCUGCGAGACCGCGUGACGGUGGACGCGGACGCCUUUGCGCGCGGCGACUUCUCCCUGCGCAUCGACGCGCUGGAGCCCUCCGACGAGGGCACCUAUUCCUGCCACCUGCACCAUCACUACUGCGGUCUGCACGAGCGCCGGGUCUUCCAUCUGAGGGUCACGGAACCUGUGGUUGAGCCGCCGGUUCGGUCCUCGCCGGGUAAUGGAUCCGGUCAUAGCAGCGCCCCCGGCCCAGAUCCCACGCUGGCGCGAGGACGCAGCGUGAUCAACGUCAUUGUCCCAGAGAGCCAUGCACACUUCUUCCAGCAGUUGGGAUAUGUGUUGGCCACACUGUUGCUCUUCAUCUUGCUACUCAUCACUGUGAUCCUGGCCACACGCCACCGCCACCGCGACGGGUGCAAGUCCUCUAACAAGAAGGAAGGGAAGUCGAAGGGGAAAGAUGUGAAUAUGGUGGAGUUUGCUGUGGCCGCAGGGGAUCAGGCUCUUUUCAGGACUGAGGACAUCCAGCUAGAUUACAAAAACAACAUCCUGAAGGAGAGGGCUGAGCUGGCCCACAGCCCCCUGCCUGCCAAGAAUGUGGAUCUGGACAAAGAGUUCAGGAAGGAAUACUGCAAAUAAAAGGACCUUGAGCUCCUGGCUGGGCCAGCAGCUCUGACUCAGAGGACGUCCCCCUGACCCUAGCACAGCUCUUGGCUUCUUCCCAGCGGCUGGACCCGCUUUCCUGGAAACUUGGCCUGGAUUGAGUAGAGCAGCGGCCUACACUCUGCUCUUCCAGAAACCAUUCUUAUCCUGGUGAGCUUGUAUAGUCUCCAGGGGACUCUGGCAUAUUGUGAUUUCUGCCCUCCAGCUACUCAUGCCCAAUGGUGGCUCUUCCCCACUUUGCUGAUGUCCACAAGCCCUCAGGCCCUCCUGGUCUUUGCCUGCUAGGGGCAGGAAGACACUUGUGAGUUCCAGUCAGGUCUCAACCUCCAGGCCAACACCCCAUACCUCCAGGGGAGCCCCUAUGGCUUUUCUGACCUCCACUGUACAUUUCUCAGAGCCCUGCUGCCAUCUGCUCUGACUCAUGGGCCCUUGAUGCUUUGGGCCACCUGGGGCUUCCCCAUUGCCCCUUCUCUGCUUGACCUUUCUGCAGCAUGUCUUUCAAGAGUUUUCUCAAGUAACUGGGUACCAUGUGACUUUUGGCUCUGACAGUCUUUUCUGGGCUGGAGUUUUGGACUGGGGCCAUGUUUAGCCUGUUUUGGCUGAAGAUGGGGUGGGGAGUGUUGUGAAGAGGGUUCUGGGUGGCCUGUGCUGCCAUAUCAGAUACUUUUUGUUUACUCAUGCUGGGGCAAUUUUCAUGUCAUAAUAAAGCUCACACCUGAUUUUUA